AUGUCACCAAAGAAAUUCAAUCACAAGGCCGUCAAUCAAAAAGCUCCUGAUGAAACUAAUACUGUUUCUGCUGCUCCUGUCGGUACUGAUGCUCAAGGCUCAAUUGCUGCCACUCUAAUGGAGAUUGGUUAUCCUAUCAUCACUGCUAGUCAAGAUGUAAUCAAUGGUGGUUCAUCUGCUAGUUCUUCCAGCGUUGGUAUUAUCCAUAGGGAUUUACCUAGAACGUCUGUUUCAACCGAUGGUAUCAAUGGUGAUGCAUCUGGUAAUUUUUCUGUGCCUGCUGAGAUUCAUGGGAGUCAAACAGGCAGUGUCAGUGCUAGUAGUAAUAUUUACGGGAAUACUGCUGCUUCUGUAGGUGAUGCGAACGUUGACAAUGCAUCUACCACCUUUUAUCAUAUUCCAGUACCUCAAGAAUUUGCCACCCCAAUCUCAAGUGAUGAAAGAUUGACCUUGAUGAACGAAAUUGAACGGCUGAGGCUAAUGGUUUUCAAAACUAUUAUUCAAAGCAUUGGAUGUCCACAAGGAUCAAUCAUACCUUCAAAUCUUGGUGUCUUGCGUAAUCAACUUGAGAUGGCUGAACGCACCUAUGAAUUGGUAUUUGGAAAGACAGGGAGUACCUUGGUACCAAAUGAAACACCCUAUUUUCAAUGGCGUGGACACUUCUUCAAGAAGCGUAGAGCUGUAUUCGCAACACCAAACGAUUGUCUCGAUCAUUUUGAACUGGUUUUGCAAGCUCAUCGUCUAUCAAUCCAUGACAACUGGGAAAGAAUUGUACCUGUGGAAUACAUCCACUAUGAUCUGCAUUCCGACAGUUCGUCCAGUUACCAGAUUUAG